CAUUUGAGCGUGUAAUGUAGCUGGUUGCUGACAUUGUGGUGUAAUGUUUCUUGUCUUAUGGUGAAUAAAGUGAUACGUUAAAGGUAUGAUUGUAAUUCAGUUGUGUUUGUAAAGGAUACAGUGUAGCGAAAAUAAUAAGUAUUCACAGAUUCAGUGUAUUUAUGUGUAGUGCAAUGGUGUAUAGAAAAUGCAUUGUUUAUCUUAUGUUUUAUAUCGUGCACCUCUCUGCCGCUGGUUAUAUGAUCCCAACGUAUCGUUGUAACGAUGAGCAAAAGUGUAUUAAAGAAUUCGGUUCCAUCGCUGGGACCAGUGUGUCUUCUAACGUGUUCCCUACUUUGAAUCACUGUCGCUUAUUGUGUGGAAAAUUUGGCCCGUUGUGGCCUCGUCCCACCGGCCGAGUGGAGCUAGGUAAAACGACAACUGCCAUCAACCUUUCGACUAUAAAAUUCGAGCAAUUUACGUCUAACCUGACUGCCGAAGGGUUAAAAUUAUUAGAGGAAAUUGAAAAAUAUUUUCUAUUCACUUUACGCCGAGAGUAUCGCCAACAAACAUUCUAUUCAAACUCUACGCCCAUGUCAAUAGUUGUAAAAAUGUACGCUAGUGGUGACAACACAACAAAUGUCGAAUGGUCUACGGAUGAAAGUUACAAGUUGCAUGUUUCGAUCGAUAACAUUACUACAGUGGUUGCAACCAUAGAAGCGGCGACAGUAUUUGGAGUGCGACAUGGCUGUGAAACACUACUGCAGCUGUUUACAGUUGUCAAGGAAGCUAACUCCAUCCCUUCUCUUCAUAUGUUAUCGGAAGCAGUUAUCACUGACUAACCGGCCUAUGCGCACCGUGGAUUGUUGAUCGAUACAGCUAGAAACUAUAUACCCAUCAACAGUUUGAAAAGACAACUCGAUGCAAUGGCUGCCAGUAAAAUGAACGUGUUACAUUGGCAUCUGACCGACACCCAAAGUUUCCCAAUACAACUGAAUAGAGUUGCAGAGAUGGCAUCAUACGGGGCGUAUGAUAGCAGUGCAGUGUACAGUCCGAACGACGUGAGAAAGUUAAUACGAUAUGCAAAGAAUCGCGGCAUACGCGUAAUUUUGGAGCUAGAUGCUCCAGCACACGCUGGCAAUGGAUGGCAAUGGGGUUCCGACAAAGGCCUCGGAAAUCUGGCUGUUUGUGUUAAUCAGCAACCAUGGCGACAUUUUUGUAUCGAACCUCCAUGCGGGCAAUUGAAUCCUGCAAAUCCAAACAUGUAUGCUGUUUUACAAGAUAUCUAUUAUGAUUUGGCUCAUAUCAACAAGGAUGAAAUGGUUUUCCACAUGGGAGGGGAUGAAGUGUUUUUCGGUUGCUGGAAUGCCACAGAAGAAAUUGUCAAUUUUUUAAUAGAUCAUGGAAUGGGGCAAAAUGAAACGGACUUCCUAAUGCUAUGGAGCGAGUUUCAAGACACUGCGUUAAGGUUAUGGGAUAACGCAUUAAAUGUGGCUAAUCUAAACAGGACUGACACACUGGGAAACGGUGAAGGUAGGAGCGCAAGCCCAGUUAUAUUGUGGUCCAGCCAUUUGACGGAUCCUUUGGUGAUUGAACAAUUUUUGUCCAGGGAGCGCUAUGUCAUACAAACAUGGGUUCCUUCAACGAACAAUAUACCGCAACAACUGCAAAAGUUAGGCUAUAAGCUUAUAGUUUCAACCAAAGAUGCUUGGUACCUUGACCACGGUUUCUGGGGUAUAACCACAUACUACAACUGGAAAAAGGUGUAUGACAAUCAACUGCCUAAGGGAAACGGUAUUUUGGGAGGAGAGGUUUGUGUGUGGACUGAAUACAUUGAUGCAUAUUCACUUGAUGGACGAACUUGGCCUCGCGCAGCCGCAGCGGCUGAACGACUUUGGUCAAAUCCAAACACGAAGGCAUUACAGGCAGAGUCCCGUUUCUUUCGCCAUCGUGAUCGUCUGAUUAGCCGUGGCAUACAACCAGAAGCUAUAGCACCUGGAUGGUGCCAACAAAACGAAGGCCAAUGUCAUUAAAAUUCAAAAGGGAAUGGCAUCACACACCAUGUGCCCGUCGUAUUUGGUUAACUGUGAAUCCGUAUUGCUAAACUGAAAAAACAAUCACCGGUCGUUACUCGUGGUGAGAAGCUGAUUUUCUUCCAACUUAAAAUGAUUUUCUUUUCAAAACUCUUUCAUAAGAUCAAAUUUCACUACUUUUAUUGACGACUGAACUUCUACAGAGAGGAUACUUCUUCUUUAUUCUUGACGUUACAACCACGAAAGGUGUCGGAUUGUUAAUUCUACAUUUUACCCGUAGCUCAGUCCUGCGUACGGAGAGCUGGUCUGGAAGAAAUUUGAGCCCCGGUCCUACCGCGUGAAGACUCAAGCGCAACAAAUGGCUUAAACUACUAUUGAACAGAGUCUGAACCAAGGUGUAUGUAUUUAGAAGGUGAUGGUUGGUUUUGGUGAGAUGGGUGGAGAUAUUUGGUUUCAUAAUUCGCUAAAAUAACCUCUAGCGAUAUCACCACCGGUAUCCCUGUCGACGCUUCCACCACUCUCGUGAAUACGCUUCCUCUCGAUGCCCACGAAAUUGUUCUAUCAAGUUGAGAAAUGUUAAUUUGCUUUGGAUAUUUAUCUGUCUAAAAACGAUCGAGACACUGUUUGUUAAAAUCGAUCACGACACUUUUCAGUCAGUUAUUGGUGUAAACAGUUUGCACGGAUGCCGUCCUUACUAGACAGUUAGUGUGAUGGGUGGUCUGUUAAGACAAUUUGGGUGUUGGCUGGUGGAGCAGGCCGUCCUUGAUGAAUAAAAAGAAAAGGCACUAAACUGAAACUGUCAUUUAGCUGAAUAAAACAUGUUACUUCCAUCUUAAGCAGCACGUGUGUUCGCGUCUAGUGUUUUCCUUAGUUACAUUUUCCAACAGGUAAAAUCGAUGGAAGAAAAUCGAUUCAGUAUGACGAAGCUGAACAAUAACAUCUAAAAUAGUUGGUGAUUUAAGGUGGAACUGCUGCUCGUUCGGGAGGUGCUCUAGUGUUUUGUAAAACUGCAAGCUGUUUGGGGUGUUGUAAUCGCUGAUACACACCGUCGCGGAUAACAGUUUUUUAGUGAACUUCAUAAAAGCGACGUAGUGUGGGUAACACUGGCGCAUAGCAUACGCGCACAGGUUGAAGUGCUCAGGAACGUCGAAAUGUUGGGACUAGCAUGAACAACCAAGAGAUGUUAAGCCAAGCGCCUCAUUUUACACACCGAGUUUGGCUAUUAAUCUUCUUUCGGUUCCCCAGUCGACUAAAAGAAACGCUAUGGUUAAUAACAGAUGAAGUCGAAUAGCGUAUGGUAGAGAAACAGUUGCAGCCGCUUCACUAACAGAUGGUCUUUACCAGUUGGUACAGCAUGAAGACGUAGUUCUAGUAGUGGGAAGUAAUCGCAAUAGAAACUGUGAGCAUAUCUGGCAUCGGAGAUAUGACAGCGGCGCCGAUCUUCACACGGCUGGCAGGCAUGACAUAAGAGUUCGUUAAGCCAAGAAAGAAGAGGCACAUAAAUAUACAAACCCCUUCGGAAAAUAUGUUUCACUAUUAUUGUAAUGGUUUAAAAAAUCUUUUCAAACAGCUAGCAGCUGGAGACAAUUUUAAUUACUGUAAAAACAUUUUUGAAUAAUUUUAUUCAACAUUUUUCGCUCCUUGCUAUCAAGAUUUUACGAAAAAUUUACAAUUUUUUCAUAUUUUUAUAUUUAGCACUUUUGAUAUCGCAUUUAUUCAUUCCAAUUUGUAUAUCCUCUAGGCAGACUUAGGACAUUUUAAUAACCUUUCAAAUGAUGUAUUUUCAUUGAAAAAGCAUUACCUACUAGCAUUGUAAGAAACUCGAAAAGAAAUCGAAUCCUAUCGGCCUCUCGUUUUAGUCGAGUAUACGCUUCGCACGCCAUUGCAGAUGUCCGUCCGAUGAUGUCGAUGUUAUUUGCCAAGCCAAGGAAGUGUAAUUUUACUACUUUUCUACGGGUAAAAUUAAGUCACAGAAAGCCAGAAAUGGCAGGCCGAGACCUCUCGAGGUUUGUAGUGCCACAGAAGAAGAAGAAGAAGGAAGUGGAAAGAACGGGUGAAAAUCGGACCCCUGAUGUCGAAGCCCGCGCUUCGCAUAAUACCUUCUAGAACGAUGUUCAACAGUAAACAGGAGGGUGCGUCCCCUUGCCUUAGACCUCGAUGAGAUUCGACCAUCCAUAGUAGCCCUCAACAGCUCUACUAGGUUCACAGGGAAACUGUACUGUCGCAUUAUGUUCCAUCGCUCGGUCCGAUCUAUGGUAUUGUAGGCUGCCUUGAAGUCGAUGAACAGAUAGAGCGUGGGGAGCUGGAGCUCACGGCACUUUUGGAGGAUCUGCCGUAGAGUGGAGAUUUGGUCGGUCGAGGACUUCCCUCUAACAAAUCCAGCUGUAACCAGCUUCCAACGAAAUCUGUAGCAAGUCUGCAGAAGAGUAUGCGGGACAGGAUCUUGUAGACAGCAUUAAGGACUUUGAUGGCUCGGAAGUAAGCACAGUCCAGUUUGUGGACCUUUUUGUACACUGGUUAAAUGACACUCAGCUUCCACACGUCCGGUAGCUCUUCCUUAUCCCAUAUCCUGAAAAUCAACCGAUUAAUGAGCGCGGCAAGCCUCCCCGGGCCCAUCCUGAACAAUUCUGCCUCCAGCCCAUCGCUACCAGCUGACUUGUGUUCUUGCCGCAUUUAGCGUUCGCUCGGCCGUGGUGCUGAUGGCUGGCGUACGCCAGUGGUCAUCUUGGAACACGCUUCUCAAAGCGCGAUCGCGAAGCCCAUCGCCAUAUCAGCAUGGCAUCACAUGAGCCGAUCUGUAUUGAGCCUUUAGGCAAGCUGUUAGCGCAGUGUAUUAGCUACGCAAAGUUUUUGUCGUAACUUUACGAUAACCAGCAAAUGGUGUCAGUCGACGUUUGCUCCUGUGUGGGCCCGUAUGUCGAUAAUAUCCGAGAAGUGCCUUCCCUCGAUGAGAACGUGGUCAAUUUGUGAUUUAUCUGCUGUGGUGAUCUUGAGGUGUAGCUGAACCAUGCAUGUUCGACGAAGGUGCUUGCAAAUGGUGAUUUGCUUGGAAAAGGCAAAGUUUUUAAGGCGGAGCCCAUUGUCGUUCGUCAGUGGGCUUCCUAUGGUGAGUUUGUAUGCCUCCUCCCGUCCGACCAGAGCUUUAAAAUCUCCGAUGACUAUCUUCCCAUAAUUUUGUAGGCAGCGUUCGUAUUCCUUCUCCAACUGCGUGUAGAAAAUCUCCUUCUCGUCAUCAUGGCUUACAAGGUGCGGACAGGGCACAUUAACAAUGCUAACGUUCCUUCUUCGGCCACCAUCCGAUGUGUUUGAGGCAGUUUUCUAGACUAAAAUUAGCUGUAUUUUGGCCUUUUGAAGCAUAUUGCUAUGUGUUAGGGUUGACGUCAAACGUAUGAAACACAAGUAAAAAGUGGUAUGCACGUGUUCACGGUUACAUAUACUUUACAAGGUUUAUUCCAACUAUUCACUAAGCGCACCAGAGACACCAAGUGACACCAUCCUCGAUCCCGAACCUCAUGGCAUCUCACGAGAUGAAGGAACUCAUCUGUGAGAGCCUUGAUAAUCGAUCCAGGUUGGAUCGAUUAAUAUGCGCGACCGCCCUAACACAUAUGGUGUUUUAAAUGGUGUUGGACGUGUAUAAUCAGAUUAUUAUUCCCACGAUUUUUAGUGAUGGGAAUGGAUUACGCAACAACAAUAAAGAGAUGCGGCAUGCUGUGCAGGCGUUGUACUAGAGUGCAAACUAGCUUCCAUUAUGAGAUAAAAAUACGAACCUUUGCGAACAUCGAUCUGGCGCAGGGAAGAUUAUUUAGCACUUUCCAACAGUAGCCGUUAAACUUGGAAAACGUUUGGUGUACAUCAGAUGUGUUAAACUCAUUUAAUCAGUUGGCCGCAUUUCCACAUUUUCGAUAAUUUGCGGGCCGCAAAGUUGAACUUAAAAAGAAAAUCAGUAUGGCAUAUCAAAAUACGUUUUAUAAACAUGGCUCAAUUUUGAUAUCUUUCAUUUUCGUAUCCAUUUUAAUCGUAUUUUAAAGCAGUAUUGUUUAUUCAACCAAUUAGUAAUUACGAUGUAUUUAUUU